UUGUUGUUUUUAGCGUUUUCGGACUUUCGGUCCAGUUUUUUGUUUCUGCGAUCUCCAAUUUUAGAAAAACAUUUUUUGACCCAUGUUUUAUUCAUGAUGGCUAAAGCUAGUGCCGGUUUCCCCAAGCGCAGCCAAAAUAAAAGACGAAGCUUCUGGUCAUCAGUUCAAAUUGACCUGCUGCUCGAGUUGUGGGAGGACAAGAUUGGAGCUCUUCGUGGGACGCGUAAGAACAGUCAUGUAUUCGAAGAAAUACGGCAGAGUUUCAACGACCAUGGCUACGAUGUUUCGGCAACAGAUAUUAUAACGAGGGUCCACAACCUAACAGCACGUUACAAGAGAGAAAAGGCUGCAUUGGCGCAAUCGGGCGAAUCGCAGUCAGAGUGGCCGUUGUUCGAAAAAGUGAAUUCCAUUCUCGGCAGCUUUCAAAGGCCUAAUGUGUCCUCUGUGAUUGAGGACAAUUCGAAUGGAGAUAACAAUUCUGCGCCAUUGCCAAGACCAAUUGACCAUCCGAACAACUUGGCUUCUGAUAAUACCAAGCCUUCUGAUGAUAUAAUCGGUAACAUUGAUAAAUCCGACGCCAGUUCCCCCAAGCGCAGUCGACAUAAAAAACGAAGCUGGCCGCCAGAGCGAAUAGACUUGCUCCUCGAACUGUGGGAGGACAAAAUUGGAGCUCUUCGUGAGACGCGUAAGAAUAGCCAUGUGUUCGCAGAGAUACGACAGAGAUUUAACGAGCAUGGCUACGAUGUUUCUGCUGGAGAUAUAAUAAGGAGGAUCCACAAAUUAACAGCACGAUACGAGAGAGAAAAGGCUGCAAUGGGACCAUCGGGAGAAUCGCCUUCAGAGUGGCCGCUGUUUGAAAGGGUAAAUUAUAUUCUCGGCAGUUUCCAGACCUCGAGUGUUCGCUUUGUGGAUGAGGACAGUAUGGAUGAAGAUAACAGUUGGCUACGACACAAUGAUUACUAUCCGAACGACUUGGUGGCUUCGGAUGAUAUAAUCGGUACAAUGGAUAAAGCCGGCGUCGGAACUUCCAAGGACAACAAGCUUCAAAAACGUUCAUUCUGGUCAGCAGCGCAAGUAGACUUGCUUCUCAAGUUGUGGGAGGACAAAGUUGGAGCUUUUCGAGGGGGGCGUCAGAGCAGUCGCGCAUUCAGAAAAAUUCGACGCAGUUUUAUUGAUCAUGGCUAUGAUGUUUCAAAGAAAGAUAUAAUAACGAGGGUCCACAACAUCACAGCACGUUACAGGAGAGAAAAGGCUAAAAUGGGACGAUCGGGUGGAACAUCUUCAGAGUGGCCGCUAUUCGAAAGAGUGCAUGGUAUCCUUGGAAGUUCCCGCAUGCACAAUGUGAAUGACGACAGUACUGAUGAAGAUAGCAGCACCUCGUCUUUGUCUACGCGAAUGGAAAACCUUCCGGACCACGAUACAAGUGGUCCCUCCCAGAGCAACCGACAUAAGAGACGAAGCUUCUGGACAUCAGCGCAAGUAGACCUGCUCCUCAAUCUGUGGGCGAACAAGAUUGGAGCCCUUCGAGGAGCGCGUAAAAAUAGUCACAUAUUCGAAGAUAUACGGCAGAGUUUUAUUGACCAUGGCUACAAUGUUUCGGCAGCAGACAUAAUAACGAGGGUUCACAACCUAAAAGCACGUUACAAGAGAGAAAAGGCUACGAUGGCACAAUCAGGAGAGGUUUCAGAAUGGCCGCUAUUCAGAAAGGUGCAUUGUAUCCUCGCCAGCUUACAGUCAACCAAUUUUUCCCCUGGGGUUGAGGACAGUAUUGAUGGAGGCAGCGGCAACACAGCGUCUUUGUCAAAUCGUCUUGAAAACGAGCUGAAUCGGUCAACAAAUUCGAUGGCUUCUGAUCCUUCUGAUGCAUCAAUCGAUGCAAUAGAUAUUAGCUCAGUUAAGAUUGAGCCGGAAUCGAUGGAUGCGGAGCUAUCGUAUAUCGAUGAGCUGCUAGCGCACAAAAAUACCAGGAGACGAAAAGCAGUCAACUUUUGCGUUCUUUGUCUGCGAAAAUAUUCACCGAAAUCACUGGUGAAAUUCAAUGCAAACGCUGCAUUCCCACUCAAAAAUGCCGUCGAACCGGCUGAAGCUCGAAAGAAACUCCAUGAAACAUUGGGAAUUGAUAUGGAUGUGGAAAAUCGAAACAUAUGUGUGACGUGCUGGAAGUUGGUCCUAUUAGUGGCAGACUUCAAAGAGUGUUGUUCGAAGGCUAUGAGCAACCUAGAGUUGUUCCAGUUCGGUUUGGAUGACUACCAGCGGAGUGAAGGGUGGAUUUCGGAAACGAACUUAUGCGGAAUCGAACAGAACUGCAAUGUAAUUCGGAAAAGGAUCGAAUUCAUCAAUGAGCAGGUUGACACACAUAUUCAAAGCAAUACGUCAGGGGCCGUUGAUCGAUCACCAUCUAAGGCAGUUCCUCCCGUGGAAAAGGUUUUUGUUGUUUCUGAUGUGGGGUUGAAAGCUGCUGAAACUGAAAAUAAGCGAAAGUUGUCUUCAACUGUAAUCGACCCGUUGAUGAAAUUUCCUAAGGAUCUGGUGGUGAAAAGGAGUAAAGUAGAUCCAAGAAGUGAUUCAUGCGAUUCGUCAAUCGAAGUGGCACCCAUCGAUAUCAAAAAUGAAAAUUUUGAUUUCGAAUCGGACAAUGAUCGAAAUGAAAAUAUGGACAUAGGUCUCACCUUACCCAAGAAAAUGAGGUCUUCAAAGAAUCGUAUGAAAAGCAGUGCGGCAAAGGAGCUGACUCGAUUGGCUUAUAUUGAUCACGCGUUAAAUAUUCUUAAUGACUCCAGCACCAGUAUUGAGGAUGAGGCUGCGGCGCUUGAUUUUUUGGCAACAAACCCGGAUCCAUCAACAUCGAUCUCAUGUAGCAAACCGUGGGUUAAAAAGAAAGCCAAUCAAACCAAGACGUUAUGCUCUGCAGAAGGUAUUGCUGAACAUGGAGAAACGGAAACAAAAUCAGACAGUUCUAAAACUGUUGAAGCAGGUAACAUAGAACAGACAGCAUCAGUUUCGAAAAAAAAUCCAAGUGAAACUAUUACUUGCGUUGAAGAUGGGGAAGCAAUGCUUGACUUUUUGACAAAAAAACCGGAACCUCCAAAAACAUUCACCAAGAGAGGUGUACUAACUAAAGAACAUCAAGUCAAAGUCAACAAUUUGUAUGAAGUUCUGGAUGUGUUAAGCACUUCCAAGAUCAGCAAGGAAGAUGAGACUAUCGCGCUGGAUCUAUUGGCAACGAAAGCUAAAAUAAUAAAUCCCAAGCAGAAAUUGUUAAAAACAGUAAGACCGAAGCAGAUAACCGACAUAAACGAUGCCACCGUUGAUCAUUAUAUGGCCAGUGUCCAUGGCGAUGCAAACUAUACGCGCCGAAAAAAGUCGAAACCGGCUGAAGAGCCGAUUCAUCUGGAGGUAGACCACUACCCGGUUACAAUUAGUACGUGCGACAUCUGCAAUAGGAACUUCGACAACAAACACGCCCUCUUCGUUCACAAAACGCAUUGCAAACCGGAAGCUCCGUCCAACGAUCGGUUCGUCAGCUGCCCGAUUUGUACGGCCACCUUCCUGGACAACUCGGGAUUAACGUUCCACCUCAAUCGCCACAAAGGAAUCCGGCCGUACAAGUGUCGAAAGUUUUGCGACAACACAUUUUUCAGUAACUACACUCGCAUCAGACACGAGCGAAAGUUUUGCGAACGGGAAGGCAGAAUAUGUCCCAUAUGUGGAUCACACUUGAAGAAUGAGGGCAAUCUGUUGGCUCAUUUGAAAAUUGUGCACGGCGAAGCUAAACAUAUUUGCGGUGUGUGUGGGCAGAAAUUUCGGUCACAGCAAAUUUUGCGUGAUCAUGGACGAGUGCACUCGGAAGAGCGUAAAUAUGCGUGCACGCAGUGUGACAAAGCGUUUAAGGCGCCAUCAUCGCUCAAAAUUCAUCAGCGCAUUCACACCAACUCCUUGCCCUUCCCCUGUCAGCUGUGCGAUCAAGUAUUUAAUUAUAAGGUUAGUCUUAAGAGCCAUUUGGAGCGACAUCAUGGACCGAACCAGAAUUGGGCAUAAUGAGCACUGGUAUGUAUUAAUUUGUUUCUAAUGUGAAAGCGUAUCAUAUAAAGUACAUAUUUUCACCCUAUUAAAUCAUUUUAAUACGUCAA